AUGUCUGCUCUACGCAAGCCCAACCUAGCCAUGUUCAAUACCUCUGACGAUGAUGAGGCUGCACCUCCUCCUCAGUCCAAGUCGAAGGUCGAUGAUGCCAAGAUCCAGCAUUUUACGAGUGGCAGUGUACGAAAGUCGAAGAAAGAUAAGGAGAAAGAGGCUGCGGAAGCCAAGGCGCGAGAAGAGGAGGAAAGAGCUAAAGCGGCGUAUGCAGAGUUUUUGGAUGAUUUUGCUAGUGGGCCUGUGGACAAGAGGGAGGGCAAGGGCUUUGUCAGAGCUGGACAGUCGGGGUCUGCCCCGCCCAAUGCCAGAGGAAGAGGACCGGUCAAGGCAAAUAUGGCAUGGGACGAGGAGAAACCAGAAGAGUCCGCACCCGCAAUGGGCGGCGCGCGACAUUACACUAAGGGCAGACGUGCGAUGGAUUCUUUUCUAGAAGAGAUCAAAAGGGAUCAAGCUUCACGUGAAGAGCGCUUGAAACGUUCUGGUCAAGCCCAAAGCAGCUCCUUCACUUCAUCAGAGUCACGUCGAGGAUCUCGAGAUGUCGGCGACAUGGAGACCACCAAUGUUUUUGUAGCAAAUCUUCCCACUGGCGUGACUGAACAAGGACUGGGGACGUACUUCGCCAAAUGUGGACCGGUUGGCUCCGUUAAGAUAAUGUGGCCUCGGCACGAGGAUCCUCCGUCUGUGCUUGGUGUCCCAACUGGCCCACGUCGUCAAAACAGUCUGAGCGGCUUUGUAUGCUUCAUGAAGCGCCGUGAUGCAGAGGUCGCUGUUUCAGAUCUUGACGGAGCUGAGUGGAACGGCUCCACUUUGAGGGUUGGGUGGAGUAAAGCAGUAUCCGUUCCGUCGAGGGCAAUGUUUGACCUUGGGCCUGGGAUCGGUGCGAAACGCGGACGUUCGCGCUCGCCAGAACGACAGCAUCACAAAUCUCACACGUCAAGAUCUAAGAGCCGGUCGCCUCGUCGAUAUGACUCUGGUCGAGAUCGGGAUAGGGGUCGUGAGAGAGAUCGUGGCAGGGACAAGGAUUGGUCGCCUGACAGACGGAGGAGAGAUUCUCGCUCUCGGUCACCCCCGAGGAAGAGAUAUCGCGAUGAUUCUAGGACGCCGGAGAGGUCCCGGGAAAGGCGGAGGCGCAGCCGUUCACCGGAAGAGUAUAAAAGGGAGAGGACUCUGGAACUGGAGCAAUUCGAUGAUGAUGGGGCCAACUCGAUAUACUCUACUGAUUCAGCGGAAGAAUCGGAAAACGAAAAUCACAGGAAAGGCACGCUUGGAAAGCUUGCUCUGCGCAGGUUCGAGUCGAUGCUCCGUGGCACCACCGGGAAAAGGGGUGAAAUCGCAAGACUGAUGAGCUUUGCCUUGAAUCAUGCCGACGCUGCUACUGAGAUCGCAAGGAUUAUCCUUAGUUCUUUGCUAGUUGACUCUACCCCUGUUCCGCGCAAAGUUGCCCGCCUCCACGUAAUCUGCGAUAUCCUACACAACUCGGCCGCCUCUGUCCCCAACGCCUGGAAGCUGCGACAGGAGUUCGAAUCCGGCCUUGGGCAGGUUUUUGACCAUAUGGAAACGAUCCACGACUCUUUCCCUGGACGCAUCACCGCAGAGACAUUCAAGAAACAGAUCACGAAUGUCCUGGACGUAUGGGAGGACUGGAUCGUCUUCCCCCCUGAGAAGACACAGGAGUAUCGCCGGAGGCUGGAUGGGAACGUCGUGCAGGAGGUUGCGGAGGAGGAGGAGACGGUGCAGGAGGAAGUGAGGGAAGAAGUGCAGGAGAAACCGAGGUUUAAGGCGAGCUCGUUUAGGCCUGCGGGGGAGGCGGAGGACGUGGAUGGGCAGGUGAUGGAGGAUGUGGAUGGAGCACCGAUUGAAGAUGUGGAUGGAGUGCCGAUGGACGAUGUUGAUGGGGCUCCGAUGGACGACGUGGAUGGGGCUCCGAUGGAUGAUGUGGAUGGUGCUCCGAUGGACGAUGUUGAUGGCGCCCCGCUUGAAGAUGUUGAUGGCGCCCCGCUCGAAUAUGUCGAUGAGGCCCCACUGGACGACGUUGAUGGCGCACCACUCGAAGACGUUGACGGGGCUCCUUUGGAGGUCGAUGCAACACAUAUCUCUCCAGCAGUUGUAAUUCCGCCUACCAGUGGCCCUGUGGCGGUUGAUGCGGAUGAGGAGGAAGACAUGGCUAUUGAGGAUGAUUGA